UUUUGUCCAUACGCUACCCCCAACAAGUAGGUUGACUUACUUGCCAUUUGGUAGGAGUACUUCUCAACUCACUCACUGUGUCACUCAACUCUCCCUCUCUCUCUCUCUCUCUCUCUCUCAGCUCUCUUUGAGCCAGAAAUUAUGUUCAAGAUUGGAUCAAGAAGAGGCAUCUCCAUUUCUAGAGCUAUUGUCAAUCGGCCAUUUUCUACUACCCAGAGUCAGCCAGUCAGGAAACUAGAAGGCAAGGUAGCAUUGAUCACAGGAGCGGCAACCGGCAUUGGAAAGGAAACCGCCACAAAGUUCAUUAACCACGGCGCCAAAGUCGUGAUCGCGGACAUCCAACACAACUUCGGCCGCGAAACCGCUGAGCAACUAGGCCCAAACGCCGCCUUCAUCGGUUGCGAUGUUACGAAAGAAUCUGACAUAUCAACCGCAGUGGAUUAUGCAGUUUCUAAACACGGUCAGCUCGACAUCAUGUACAAUAAUGCUGGUGUGGCGUGUCGUACUCCUCCGAGCAUCGUCGACCUCGACCUCGAGGCGUUUGACCGAGUCAUGAAAAUCAACGUUCAAGGAGUCAUUGCGGGAGUCAAGCACGCGUCGCGAGUGAUGAUCCCGCGGAGAACUGGAUCGAUCCUAUGCACCGCAAGUGUCACAGGGAUGAUGGGAGGUCUAUCUCAACACACUUAUUCUAUCUCCAAGUCCGCCGUGAUUGGCAUUGUCAAGUCAGCAGCAUCCGAGCUGUGCAGACACGGCAUCCGGGUCAACUGCAUAUCCCCGUUCGCCAUUCCAACCGCCUUUGCGAUGGCAGAAAUGACGGAGUUGUUUCCGGGAGUCGAUCCUGAGCGGCUCGUCGGCAUGAUACACAAUGCUGGUGUGUUGCAGGGUGCAUAUUGUGAACCCAGUGAUGUAGCCAAUGCCGCGAUUUACUUGGCGUCCGAUGACGCCAAGUACGUUAGCGGGCAUAAUCUGGUGGUGGAUGGGGGCUUCACUUCAAUGAAGAGUUUGGAGUUAGCCUCACUUGAUCAGACCCAGUGAAAGUGGAUGAAAGAAAUUUGGUGAUUUUGCUUGUCGGUGUUUUUCUUUUACAUUACCAGUUUUUAAUUGGAGUUAAUGAGGUGCUUAAUUCCAAGAUACAUUGGGCCCCAGACAAGACGAUUUCCUUGCUAUUCUCAGUUGCUGACUAGAAAAUACUAAUUCCUAAUGAAACUGAAUACGAUGAGAGGAAAUAUAAAAUCAAAAUAUACGAGAAAAUAUAUUUCGCGUAUUGCGUUGUUUGGCUGUUAAAA